AUGGCAUCCACCGCAAGUGCGAUUUUCAGAAGCAGUAGUUCAACCUCUGCCUCCUCUGAUCCUUCCCCGGAAAAGUCCUCUCACACCCCAUUGCUUGCAAAAGAAGUAACAUCCCCAUCAAUGAUCGAAUCUGCUUCCAUGAGCUCUCUACCUUCUACCACCUCCAGCAGGACCCCGUCACCUAUUCCUCCUUCAAUAACCGUAGUGUCUAUCUUUCUUCCUCCUGCAUCACCAACCCCACUGGAAUCGCAUUCAGCCUUGAAAAGGCCUCUAUCCAUCAAUACACCAUUUGGGGACAAUGAUUCCUCAUACAAAAACCUACCCUCUUCUCCAGAAGAAAUUCCUGAAGAAACGCCUUGCGAACCUCUGAUUCCGAGGGACAGGGCAGAGGUGGGAACAGAGCUGAGGUCUGAUCCAGAGGCUCCGGUGGGGGGUCCUGGAAGGGAUCAGUAUCAGGGGCACCUGUCUGGGCCCUCUGCAUCUGUGUCGCAGUGGGGCAUGGGUUUGUCUCCCGUGUGGGUCGGUUCAGCUGUCAGCGGGUUCGUCGGCGGGGGGGCGGCGGGGUUUAGGGCAUUGGAGACGAUAUUGACGACUGGUGUUACUGCGCUCAAGUAA